GAGGAGGAGGUCUUCGGCGAUGGGGAGCGACUGGAUUUCCUCAAGGAGCGGCACGUGCGCUUCUUCCAGCGCUGCCUCCAGAUCUUGCCCGAGCGCUAUUCGUCCUUGGAGACCAGCAGGUUGACAGUUGCUUUUUUUGCUCUCUCUGGUCUGGAUAUGUUGGAUUCCUUAGAUGUGGUGAACAAAGAGAACAUAAUAGAAUGGAUAUAUUCCCUGCAGGUCCUUCCCACUGAAGACAGAUCAAACUUUCAUCGCUGUGGAUUUCGUGGUUCAUCAUAUCUGGGAAUGCCAUUCAAUCCAUCCAAGGGUCCUGGUGUUUCCCAUCCCUAUGAUAGUGGGCACAUAGCAAUGACCUAUACUGGCCUCUCCUGCCUAGUAAUUCUUGGCGAUGACUUGAGCCGAGUAAAUAAAGAAGCCUGCUUGGCAGGACUAAGAGCUCUCCAGCUGGAAGAUGGGAGUUUUUGUGCAGUCCUUGAUGGAAGUGAAAACGACAUGAGAUUUGUGUAUUGUGCUUCUUGUAUAUGCUACAUGCUCAACAACUGGUCAGGAAUGGAUACGAAGAAAGCCGUAGAGUACAUUAGGAGAAGCAUGUCCUAUGAUAAUGGGCUUGCCCAAGGAGCUGGACUUGAAUCACAUGGGGGUUCCACUUUUUGUGGUAUUGCAUCACUGUGCCUGAUGGGUAAACUGGAAGAAGUCUUCUCUGAGAGAGAACUUGACAGGAUAAGAAGAUGGUGCAUCAUGAGGCAGCAGAAUGGCUAUCACGGCCGGCCGAAUAAGCCUGUAGACACCUGCUAUUCAUUUUGGGUAGGAGCAACUCUUAAGCUUCUGAAAAUGUUUCAGUAUACAAACUAUGAAAAGAACAGGAAUUACAUAUUAUCAACCCAAGAUCGCCUCGUUGGUGGAUUUGCUAAAUGGCCAGAUAGUCAUCCAGAUGCUCUGCAUGCAUACUUUGGGAUCUGUGGUCUGUCAUUAAUGGAUGAGUCUGGUAUUCGUAAGGUUCACCCUGCCCUGAAUGUAAGCACAAGAACCUCAGAACGCCUUCAGCACCUUCAUCAGCUCUGGGCAACCAAGGACUCUAUACAGUGUUCAGAUGAUGUGCACAGUGCCACAUGACUGAUUCAGACUCCAGUUGAGCUUGGUAGCAUAAUUGUAGCCCAAGGUUAAAGCCAUGUAUACCCAAUGUGCUCUUUUAAGUGCUGGAAUCAUACAAUCAAAUUCACAUUACUGGCAUCAUUUUGACAUGCAGCUGGCCUUUAUCCAAUUAUUCUGGACUUGGAUUAAGAAGAAAUUGCUUGCCCCUACAAAUACUACAAAAGAAUCUGUUUUUAAGAAUCUCUUCAAGGCAGAAUUAAUGACUAGUUAUAUCGUCUUACUUCAGACAGUGCAAUGGCAAAGUGUAUUAA